AUGACGUCACGAAAAGUCAAAACUUUGAGCUACCAUAUCUCGCUUUGUUUGAUAGGUAUCGACUUGAAUUUUGGCUUCGUCGCGUAUGGUACAAAAAAAGUACAGAAUGCCGUGCAUAAUUAUGCAGAAAAUGCCAUGGUUUGGUGAAGAUUCCCAAGAAUUUGCAUAAAUCGACCAACACUGAAAAUAUAAAAGCGUGGAUCGACCGCUUUUCGGUCGCGUUUUCCGCUUUGUUGUGUGCGAGUCAAUUGUGCCCUUUCGUUCGAAAGAAGCGUUUGGAUUUGUGAAGCAACCAAGAAUUGUAAGUCUCCCCGAGGGGCAUUUUUAGCGGCCAAAUUGUUUAUUGAAAAUUUCGACCGGGCAAAAUUACAGUCCGUUUUUCUCACAGUGUACAAAAAACACUUGACUUUGCGAACAGACUAGUAGUCGUUGGAGUAUAGGACAGUGCACAUCAAAACUGAGAUAAUCUAAAACGGUCCGGUGAGCGGAUUGGCAAUUCGCCAAAAAAAAGACGCGAAAAAAUUUUUUGUCGGCGAAGAAAUGGGGAAUUUUUUGGGCGAGAGAGUAUGUUCUUGCGCGUCUUUCCUCUGACUUCUCUGUCAAAUCAAGACGAAGUGUAAAAAACCGAUAGCAAAGAGUCUAUGGAAAAAGUUUCUUAUUUUGGCCACAACAAAGGUACUCCGCGAACUGCGCCCAAGCUUGGGCACUAAAGUUAGGAAAAAACGCUUCGACCUACAUAGCUGGAACUGAAUUACUAUAAUAGCUCUACAGUUUUAAGGGUGCCUACAAAGGCUAUGACGACUCAUUUAGUUCCAUACGGAUUCAAUAAGUUUAGUUCCGGACAUGUUUCAUCGUAUAAGGUGUAAAAUCACAGGCGGCAGCCGUUUUUGAAGGGUAAGGUGGUACGUAAAAAAGAAGGUACCUCGCUAACUAAAUCUACUGUCCGGGCAUUGACAACGAUGAAUUGAGCGUGCACGCUAAAUUUGGGUUAAUUCCGACCAGUUUCCGCAAAGUUAUAAGUUGUGGCCAAAAUAAGGAACUCUUACCGAGUCUAUUCCGCUCACCGGACUCCUCAGUUUGACGUGCAGUGCCCUUCAAGAUCGAAUUAGGUCUUAUGGAGGUCUUUAACCUUGUCUUAUAAAUUUUCUGCUUUUUUUGAAAAUCGCAGAUUCUCAAGUAGGCCAAUUUUUUUUCUAAUCUAUACAUUUUCAGGCUGCAAUAUGAUUGGCAAGACAUUCCUCUUGCUGACCCUCACCUUCAUCGUCGGUACUGCCAUGCCUCUCGGCAAGGCCGUCGGAGCCAAAGGAAAGCUGUUGUGUAAGGGCAAACCAGAAUUCGAAGUGAGCGUCAAACUCUGGGACGACGGCGGUAAGCUUUUUAGGCCAUACCUAGAUUCGUAUUUUAAAAGCAUUUGCAGUAAAAAUCUUAAGCUGAGAAAACCAAAUUUCAUAUUUUAGGUCCGGAGUUGGACGACAAACUGGCUGAAACCGCAACCGACAGUGAGGGGCGAUUCCAACUGGAAGGGCAUAUGUUCGGGUCGAUUAUGGACCCCAAAAUCACCAUCGACCAUGAUUGUGACGAUAGCUGGGUAAGUAUUUCUUAAGCGAAAAAUAGCGAAACAAUCCUAAUUUAUUUUUGCGCCAUUUCUAGCCAUGCCAACGCAGACUCACGAUCUACAUUCCCGACAGUUUCGUCGACAAGGGCCGUCGCCCGCUGUUUUUGUACGAUGCCGGAGUAAUCGAAUUGUCUGGAGAAUUCGGAGGAGAAAAGAGAGACUGCAUUCACUAG